AUGGGGUCCAAGGCAAAUUCUGAUGACCUGGCUCGGGCAUCCAGCAGCGGCGACAGCGGCGGCGGAGGCGAUACCACACCGCCGUCGCCACCACGGCUUCCGGUGGCGCCACCGCUCACGUCGCCCUCCCGCGUCCCUGGGGCGCCUUCCACAUCAGCACCCCCGCUUCAGCCGCCACUUGCCCCGCCGCGUGCCGCCGACAGGGAUACGGAUGAAGGACUGGAUGCUGAUUAUCUGUCCGAAGAGGAAAAUGAUGGGAGCUGGAACUGGGAGCAGGAGGAAGCUGAGUACAACAAUAGGCAUCUCAGAGAACUAGAAGAUGAUGCCGAUUCGCUGCACCUGGAAGAAGGGGAAGUAGCGGAUGAUCAAAAUCGGGGAGAGAACCUCAGAGGACCAUCUGAUAGCAAACUCAUGCGACCACCAAAGGAAUAUCCAACAGCGUUACGAUUCCUGGAACCAAUAUCGGAUUUGAUUCUUAAAUCUUCAAAUAACUACAUCAUCCAGGAAAAGAUCAAGAUUCUCAGUAAGCAGUAUGGGCUCUUGAGAAGAACUCGGAGUGAUGGCAGCUGUUUUUACAGAGCUUUCCUGUUCUCCUACUUGGAGAACCUUGGACAAAUGCAAGAUAGGCAAGCUGAGGUUAUUCGUCUGAUGAAAUGUGUGGAAGUAUCUACAGAGAGAUUGUAUCAACUUCACUGGGGAGAAGCAUACUUGUUAAAACGUGACUACUUGUUAUCCCUUGUUUUUGAGUUCUAUUGUUUGGUCAACUCAGUUGCAAACGGCCUGACUUCUGAAAAGCUGUAUGAGAGAAGCCUUGAAGACCCCUCGUCAGGCACCAUUAUGUAUUUCCUUAGGGUACUUACGGAGGUUGAGAUCCGUACACAAGAUAUCUACAGGCCAUUUAUCCCCAAAGAUAUGGAUGUCGUCCAGUACUGUAGGAAGAAGGUGCGUGGCGUGUUUCCUGAAGUUGAAGCUAAAGUUGAAGCUCUACAGUUCUGUCGAACGAAGGUGUGUCACCAGUAUGCUGAAGCCGAAGCUAUACAGAUGAGGGCUUUGACAUAUGCACUUGGCAUACCUCUGCGUGUCGAAAUAGUGGACACGAAGUCGAUGCCGGGUCAAGCUGUGCGAGUAAAGCGCCUUGAUUUCUUCAACCGGUCAGGCCUAGGGAAGAGGCCUUAUCAUAUAGUUCAAAGCUACUAUUCCUCAAGCACAGCUCAUAAGCCACUGGAGCGGGGAAGCAACGACAACCUGUUGUCAUCGGAUGGCGCACCCUUGCUGACCUUGCUGAGUAGGCAUGGCCACUGUGACAUCCUUUAUCCCAAGUGAACAAACUAUGUGAUGUACGAUCGACAGUAACUUCCUCCUGGAUGAUGCCAUGGACAAAUGCUACUGAUUUUUUGUUGUCAUCGGAUGGUGCACCCUUGCUGACCUUGCUGAGAAGGUUCAUAGUUCUUUGCAAGAUUUGCAACAUCAAGGAUUCGGCUGAGUUGUGAACUUUUUUUUUUGGAUGUAAGCAUUCUCUUUUGUCUUGUUCA